GUUUCUCGAGCAUACCUAUCAGUGCCAUCAGUACAUGUGUAGCUAGCCUAGAAAGUCAGUUUCAAAGAAGCAUUGCCUGUUUAUUGUGGAAUAGAAAAACCGUUGCGAACUGAAGUGUUAGUUUAUUUGUUUUCAGUUAUGAAGUUGCCAGAUGAGCAGCAUUCUUCCUUGGAGAUUAGAGAUAGGUCGGAUUUGCCAACCCCUUUCAGAAAUCCUUUCGUUCACGAGUUACGAUUCACCCCCUUGGAGAAAAUCAGGAUCGGUGUGAUGACUGUGACUGUGUUCCCAGUACGGCUGUUUUUUGCAGUGUUCCUCAUGUUGCUGGCCUGGCCCUUUGCCUUCGCUGCCUCUCUGGGACGAUCUGAACUGGCCGUGGAGACCGAGACCUGGUGGAGGAGGAUCUGUGACAUAGCCCUGAGGGUGAUCAUGCGAGCCAUGUGGUUCUGUGGAGGUUUCCAUUGGGUGACAGUGAAAGGGGAACCGGCCCCGCCCUCGCAGGCGCCCAUCCUCACCCUGGCCCCUCACUCGUCCUACUUCGACGCCAUCCCCAUCACCAUGACCAUGGCCUCUAUCGUCAUGAAGUCCGAGAGCAAGAACAUCCCCGUCUGGGGCACUCUGAUAAAGUUCAUAAGACCAGUGUUUGUGUCGCGGUCGGACCAGGAUUCUCGUAGGAAGACAGUUGAGGAGAUCAAACGCAGAGCCCACGCUGGAGGGGAGUGGCCUCAGAUAAUGAUAUUUCCAGAGGGGACGUGUACCAACAGAUCCUGCCUCAUCACAUUCAAGCCUGGGGCCUUCAUUCCAGCAGUCCCAGUUCAACCAGUAGUCCUGCGUUACCCCAACAAAAUGGAUACCAUCACAUGGACAUGGCAAGGCCCUGGAGCGAUUGAGAUGCUGUGGCUGACACUGUGCCAGUUUCACAACCCCAUAGAGAUUGAGUACCUACCUCUCUACACUCCUUCAGAGGAAGAGAAGAACAACCCUGCUCUGUUCGCCAACAAUGUCAGACACGUCAUGGCCAAGGCCCUGGAGCUGCCCAUCACAGACCUGUCAUUUGAUGACUGCCAGCUGAGCCUAGCAAAGGGCCCGUUGUGUGUCCCUACCAACAGCAGCCUACUGCAGUUCAAUAGACUCGCUCGAAGGCUCGGGUUGAGAACAGGGACUACAGAUACAGUCUUACAGCAGCAGGCUAGCAGAGCCAGGAACAUUUGGGGAUACAGACUGGGAUUGGAGGACUUUGCUCAGUACCUCAACCUACCUGUGACGGACAUGCUCACAGAGUUACACAGCCUUUUUAACCAGCAUGGAGAUGGCCAAAUAGAUGUCAGGGAGUAUGUGAUAGCCCUGUCUGUGGCGUGUCAACCCUCUAAAGCCAUGGACACCCUCAGGCUCGCCUUUGGAAUGUACGAGGCGAAGGAGGACAGGGCGAUCGUGGAAAAAGAGCUGGCGUCCAUUUUGAGAACGGCGUUGGGAGUAGCAGAGGUCGACGUUACAGAGUUGUUCUCAGCAAUCGACACACUUGACGCAGGGAAGAUCACACAUGGUGAUAUCACACACUAACACCCUUGCCUUUCUUGCGCUAACAUUUGCACUUGUCUUUUCUCACCAGCACUGACUUUGCUGAUAGUUGCUUAUUUGAGGAAAGGGUUUUACCAACUAUGAUUGUGAUUUGUGGUUGUGUCAACUAACUACUAUAAGUUGAAUGCACUGUAAGUCACACUCGGCGUUAAGGGCGUCUGCUAAAUGACUAAUUUGUAAUGAAAUCCAACUAACGGAAUCACGGUCAACCCUGCCAUUACAAUCUCUCUCUCUCUGUUUGUCCCUCUCUAUAUCCAUCUGUAGAUGACUUCUGUCGGUUUGUGGUGCAGCACCCAGACUUUGCUCAGGAGUACCUUCUCUCCUCCAGGGACACCCCCUCUACCCCCCACACCGUCCCGCUGACCAACGGGUUCAGUGUGGCCCAUUACAACACAGAGGAGCCGACCUGCAGCCUCCCUGGACAGAAGAAGAAAGAAGACUGAGAGACACUCAAAUGGAUCCAUCUACUGACUAUGACAGAAAGGAGGAAGGAAUAGAGGGAGGAGAGAUAGGAGAACUGGGAGGCCCUGGACCUCUACCAAACAAAUCUAUAUUCUACAGUUACUAUAUCUUCUCUGACAUUGUGGCCUGUAUAUUCUACCAGAGAGAAGGAGCGAGGGAUAGUUUAUUUCGGGAUAAGGAGGGGUGGAUAGAGAGGGAAGUAAGAAACUAUCAGACGGAUAGAGGAGAUUGCGACUGUGAAAGGGAGAGAUGGUGGUGGAGAAGGGUUGGGUAUGUUGAAGGAGAGUAGAGGAGGAUGAGGUAGGGAUGGAUAGAGAGGAUAUGAGGGAGGGUGGAGCCGAUCCAUUCCUCCGGACACCAUCUCACGCCAAUACUCCAUCUUUGUUUUGUCCGCUAGUGUUUUCAAGGACUUUAUGCUUUCUAACUUUCCAACAUGAGUUACAGGAACUGGACACCGGAAGUUUUUAGGAGUUCAUCAAACACUUUGGCUAUUUAUUGUAAAAAGGGUUUUACUUUUUUCUUAUGUAUAGGUAUUUAUUUGUCUUUCAUUUUUAUCAAACUAUCUAUGUCGGUUAUUAUGACUACUGUGCACACUCCAGUAAGAUUUGUAUUUAAUUUAUAAGAUUAGUUUUAUCAGGUGAUUAAGCACCAAACUGAGCUCAGCUUAAUCACUGCCUUUCAUAACGAGAUUGACUGAGAUUAAUUGGAUUGAGCUGAAACGGGCUAACAUCCAGACUCAAACUAUUCUUCAACUAAGCAUCUCCCUGCCUCGUAGACCAUAGCAACUCACAACAAGACAUUAAACUGUUAAAAUGGAUGAAUAUGGGACCAAACUUCAACUACUUCUUUUUAAACCAGGGGCCUCUUGCGCGUUCACAUUGAGCUCCUUGUUGCCUUUUAAAUCAUAAAAAAACCAUGUGUAAUUUUAAUGUUGUCUGAGCUUAAGUGAAGCAUCUAACAGCAUCGGUAUCUUUCUUUUCAUAAGUCUAAAGACUGGGGUCUUCAGAUGAACAUGUGUUUGUUGUUUUCUCUUUUCUUAUUGGAUGAACAGAGAACCAGAGUUGGGAUCCAUCUCAAAUGGCACCCUAUACUCUAUAUAGUGCACAUUUGUCUCUGGUCAAAAGCAGUGCACUAUAUAGGGAAUAGGGUGCAUUUGGGACGUAGCCUCAGUUAAAAUAUUCAGAUAAGAUGUUUCCCUCAUUUUUUUUUAGUUGCCUCAUAUCACUGGAAGUAAGUUGCGCUUAGGCAAAGAUCUAGGAUCAGCUCACCUUGCUGAAAUUCUAACAUUAACCAUUUAAGCAUUGGCAAUCAUGAAACUGAUCUGGGAUCAGUUCUGACUAUGAUAAGCGAUUGAUCUAUUGCCUUUUUGUACUGGUUUUGUUUUGGGAAUUCUCUGCAGUUUGGCUUUGAAGUGACACCUUUUGUAUGUUGUACAUAUGUGGUAUAUAAAUCUUUGAAUGUUUUUGAGUAUUCAUUUUUGUAAAGAAAGUGGAUUGGAAAUUAUGAAUACCUAUGCAGUGCUCCCUGCCUUUAAUGUUGAGAAUUAAAUCAUGA